UCCGCGAGCGUGUGGUCGUUUCGUAAGAGUUUGAUGGAAGGAGCGCUCAUGUUUUUGAAUUUCUGAUUAAAGUUGUACAAUUAUCACGAAAACUGUCGUCAGGAUUUGUUUCUUAUUAGUUGAAUUUUCUUUUCCGCAUCUCUGAUUAUGCGAUUGAACCAUUUGCAGAAAAUCGGAAUUGGUUGGGCUCUCAUUACGGUUGUGGGCAUUUCGGGAUUCGUCCUGUCCAAGCGUUCCGUCGAUCAAAACCGCUAUGAGAAUAUGAAAAUUCGUGAACGCAUGCGAAAAUCCAACGAAGGCGAGUACACUGUGGAAACAUCCCGGCGUUUCGGAGCUUAAGCUAGUAGUUUGACCAACAACGUUGGAACACCACCGUAAUUACGGUUACGGUUAAAUCGAUACAGAGAGAAACAUAACACAAGUUAAAAGGACACCCAUUCGUAUAAGAUUGACGUUACCCAUUUAGGAGACCAAGAUG